AUGGUGUCUUCCAAGCUUCUUGUUGCUCUUGGAUUCGCCAGCCUAACCGCUGCGCAAUGUCCCUACGCUGACCCAGCCAAACUGGCAGCUGGAGAGGAGGGAAAUUCUCGUGACUAUCUCAAGGACUAUGAAGUUGAUGAUAGUAAGGGGUAUAUGAGUUCCGAUGCUGGUGGCCCCUUUGAGGAACAGGAGAGUUUAAAGGCAGGAGAACGAGGUCCUACUCUGCUCGAAGACUUUAUCUUCCGCCAAAAGAUUACACAUUUCGAUCACGAACGGGUCCCUGAAAGAGCUGUCCACGCCCGAGGUGCUGGGGCUCAUGGUUACUUCAAGAGCUACAGUGACUGGAGCAACAUCACAGCAGCUUCUUUCCUCAGCUCAAAAGAUAAAAAGACUCCUGUCUUUGUACGCUUUUCGACCGUUGCUGGUUCCAGAGGUAGCGCCGAUACUGUGCGAGAUGUGCACGGAUUCGCUACCCGAUUCUACACAGAUGCCGGUCUGUUUGAUAUCGUGGGAAACAAUAUCCCUGUAUUCUUUAUUCAAGAUGCAAUUCAGUUCCCAGACCUCAUCCACGCUGUCAAGCCAUCCCCCGACAGUGAGAUCCCACAAGCCGCCACAGCUCACGACUCAGCAUGGGACUUUUUCAGUCAGCAAACUACAACCCUACACACUCUAUUCUGGGCUAUGGCAGGAUAUGGAAUUCCACGCUCGUUUCGUCACGUAGAUGGGUUCGGCGUUCACACUUUCCGUCUAGUGACUGAUGAGGGUGACACCAAGUUCGUCAAGUGGCACUGGAAGAGCAAACAGGGCAAAGCGAGCCUAGUAUGGGACGAAGCACAGCACCUGGCAGGGAAGAACGCCGAUUAUCAUCGUGCUGAUCUCUGGAAUGCUAUUGAGUCUGGUAAUGGGCCUGAAUGGGAACUCAAUGCCCAGAUCUUUGACGAGGACCAGGCUCUGGAGUUUGGAUUUGAUGUUCUAGAUGCUACCAAGAUCAUUCCCGAGGAGCUAGUUCCUCUCCAGCCUAUUGGUGUUAUGAAGUUGGACACAAAUCCAGUCAACUAUUUUGCCGAGACUGAGCAGGUCAUGUUCCAACCUGGCCACAUUGUUCGCGGUAUCGACUUUACCGAAGAUCCUCUGCUGCAGGGACGUAUCUUUUCUUACCUUGAUACUCAACUCAACCGUCACGGUGGUCCCAACUUUGAGCAACUCCCAAUCAACCGUCCUCUGUCUCCUAUCCAUAACAACAACCGUGAUGGAGCCGGGCAGAACUUUAUCCACAAGAAUACUGCUGCUUACACUCCUAAUACUCUAAACAAGGGCUACCCUGUUCAGGCAAACCAGACGCAAGGCAAAGGCUUCUUUACUGCCCCUGGCCGCAAGGUUUCUGGAAACCUGGUGCGCGCCAGAGCAUCUACCUUCUCUGACCACUGGAGCCAGCCACGACUCUUCUACAACUCUCUGACCAAAGUAGAACAGCAGUUUCUCAUCAACGCCAUACGUUUCGAGACAAGUCAGCUCAAGUCUGAAACUGUCCAGAAGAACGUUCUCUACCAGCUGAACAAAAUCAGCCACGAUAUUGCUGUCAGAGUUGGCAGGGCUUUGGGUCUCCAGGCCCCUGAGGCUGACGACAAGUACUACCACGACAACACCACAGCUGGAAUCUCCAUUUUUGGAACCAAGUUGCCCAGCAUUGCGACGCUCUCUGUUGGUGUCUUGGUUUCUAUCAACUCCGACAACUCCAUCCAGCAAGCCAAGGCUCUCAAGAAGGCACUUGGCGAGGACAAGGUGACCGUGUCGAUUAUCGGCGAGGUUCUCGGAGACGUUGUUGAAGUUACUUACAGUGCUGCAACUGCCGCUCAAUUCGACGGUAUCGUUGUUACCAGCGGUAGUGAGUCUCUUUUCAACGGUACCGGAAACUCAACUCUCUUUCCUCCCGGUCGUCCUACGCAGAUUAUCGUGGAUGGUUAUCAUUGGGGUAAGCCUGUUGGAUUUAUCGGAGGUGCAAAGGCGGCAGCUCAGGCAGCGAGGGUUGGCGGUGGCAAGGGAGUGUACUUUUCCAAGGACGUCAACUCUCUUGUCAAAGAUUUGAAGGAUGGUUUGGCUACUUUCAAGUUCACUGACCGAUUCCCCCUGGACCACUAA